UGUAAUAAAUCCAGUAUCCGCUGUUUUAGAUAUUUCUGCAGCUUGAAAAAUGGAAGUUAGUUAGACUAAAUGUUAGAUUGUAUGUUAAUAAGGUUUAUAUCUUACCUGAUAACAUUGUUUUUGCAAAACUAAAACCAUAAGCAGCCUUUAUAAUGUAGCAUAGUCAAUGAAAUUAACGGGAAAUGUCUAAUCAAAGGCAGAAUUGAUGCAGAUUAUUCAUCUGGAUGAAGGAUUAUUCUUUGUGCAUUAACGUUUGCAUGUUUAAUUGGAAGAAAAAAAUCAAGCCAUUCAUAAAACUUAAACUCAACGUGGAUGAACAACCAGGGUGAUUCAUAAUUGUCAGCAAUAGUGAAUUAAUACAACAACUAAACCUCCAAGAAAAUGUGGUUCUUCAUUGUCUUGAUAUGGAAACGAUCAGAAUUCACUUCUGUUGGUAGUAGAAAAUCUACAUCUAAGAAUCCAUUUAAUUGUUCUCGCAAAAAGAUUUUGCAAAAGCAAGAUACAAUUUCCCAUCGAUGUCAUCUGCCAGCAGAAAAAGUAACCAAAAACCAGAAUACCAAAGAUAGCCCUAAAAUGCUUUUCUUAGAUCAAAUGCUUUGUGUUCGCAAUGAAACCAGCUUUAUAAUUUGGCUGCGUUAUGUUUUGGGAAUUUCACCAUUACCAAAUAGUUGUUAUACGCUAUUAUUAGUGUUAACCUCUUCACAACAUUUUAUUAUUAUAUUUUUUGACUGUGUGAAUUUGAGGAUAUUUUUUAGAAAACUAGCAGUUUAUAAAGUUGUAGUUAUUUUCACCAUUUGGAGAUGUGUUUUUAGACAAUUUUUCUGUAUAUCAAAAUAUUUUACCUGUUUAAUACUAAGCAGCUUGAGAUUGUACUUUGUUGAUCAUAAGUUAUCUCGGUAUAAUCUAAGGAAAAAUUUAGCUCACAUAAAAUUACUCAAAAAGUUAAAAAAUGAAAGCAGUGAUUCAAAUUUUAUUAAACUAGCUGACUUAAAAACAACAGAAAAAAGAAAAUUCAAACUACAGUUACCUCAACAAAAACUAAUUGAAUACUUAAGUAAAUCUAUAGAGCAGGUGCAUUUUGAAAUAACCAAGCCUGAAACAUCAAAUACAAAAGACACUGACUCUUAUGAUAAAGGUAAAGAUUCUGGCUCACCAGAUAUGAUUCAAGCUUUAAAAUUAAGCAAUUACAGUAAAUUGUGGUGGUCAAGAAACACAACAUUAAAUUUGAUUGCAUAUCCCCUUCACAAUGUUUCAAGACAACCAUCAGAGAAUCCCUCACCGUCAACACCAGCCCAACAAAAUCCCCAGACACGGGACAUGCACAGGUUAAUGCACUUUGAAGUUUUCCGUCUUUGUUCUUUCAGUUAUUCACGUUUUCCACCAAAUGUGAACUUAUGGGUCACACUUUUGGCGCAGUCUGGUUUCUAUGUUGUCAACGACUCUGGCCGUGUACGUUGUUUCAGCUGCGGGUAUGAAUACGAGGAUUUUUUAAUUGGGUCACCUGUUGACAAUGCCCAUGGUCCCCAGUGUGAACGACAUACAUUUAACAGGCCUCUUCACGAAUGGAUCAGAGGUCUAGAUAGGGAUGUUUUAGAAAGCUACUAUCUGGUGUUUGGGAAUUUGAGACCAUAUGUAAGUGAUGACUCUGAAAAUCUGGAUCACCUGAACAGCAGCGCACAAGCUGUACUGCAUGAAGAUCCUACUCACCUAGAGUCGGGAUUCUCUGAGACAGAAGCAAGACAGAUGGGUGGUCCAUCGCUUGGAUCAGCUGACAGCCAGGAUCCUCAGAGUUAUCAGAGAGCGGCGGACGCAGUGGUUUACCAGGAGAGUCAAGAGCCACAACCCAGAGAGGUCCUGACUUCAGCAGCUCAGCAGCCGGUCACGCUAGAUCGGUCAGCUAAUGGUGCUUCAGCUGACCAGACGCAUCCUGACGCAGAGAGAGGAGCAACGGGUUACACAAACUUUGACCUCAGCUUAGCUUCGUACCCCCAGUUUGCUGGCACUUCGUCUAGGAGAUCAACAUUUUCUGGGUGGAACCCAGAACAUCCUCAGAAGCCUGAUGACCUUGUGGCAGGGGGAUUCUUCUAUGCAGGCUAUGCAGAUUGUGUUAGAUGCUUUUACUGUGGGCUUGGGCUUAAAUACUGGAGGCCUGAUGACAUUCCAGCCUAUCAGCAUGCAAGGUUCCGCCCCAAUUGUGUUUACAACAGAAUGUACAAAGGACAGGAAUACAUAGAUCGUGUGCAGCAGGACAAUCAACAGGAUGCUGGGAAUAAUGUAGAGCGCAAUCAAUCGCAAACAGCAAACCCAGCACCACAGCCAACCACCAAUCAACCCCCAAAUCCACCUCCAAAUGUAGCAGUAACCACAGAACAUGCCCAUUUAAGGCUUCCAGCUUCACAAGAAGCAUCUCGAGCUGGCUGGCGUUCAGAUCAAAUCAUUCCUGCUGUAACACAUAUUAUAGAUGAGCUAGGUAUUGAUGGUCAGAACUUGUCCUAUGAAAUACUGUUGGAUGUACUGGUACAGCUGUACUCUGCUAAUGAUGCCCCCAACUUGGGAAGUGAUCGGAGUGAAGGGAGUGUAGACAGCAAUCAUGGUGGACAGAGUAGUGACGGAGUGGUUGAUAGCUCGAUACCCACUCUCAGGUUCCCUCAGGAUGUCUCUGCAUCAGAAAAAUUGAGAACUUUAAAUGAUGGUGUUGAGGUUGCAGAUUCCGCAGAACCAGCUCCAGUUACAACGGCAGGACCAGCAACAGCAGCAACAACCACUUCAAGACACAAUGACCAAGAACAGUUUAGAGCAGUUGAAAAUGAACAUAACUAUCUGACCCAGCGCAGUUUGUGUGGUAUCUGUCACCAGAGACCACUACACUGUGUGUUCCUGCCAUGUGGGCAUGUCAUUGCAUGCCAGGAAUGUGCUGAAGCCGCUACUAAAUGUCCUAUUUGCAACAAGAAUGUCGCUGCUACUGCCAAUGUCUACCUGUCUUAAGCUUAGCUUAACUCAACAAUAAUUAUGGGCAUUUUACAAAAUGUACAUGUACAGAAUGUAAUAUUAAUGAUUAUUUGUUAUUCGACUAAACAUGCAUAUUGCCUACUUCAUUCUUUAUGAAUUGAUUAUGGAUGUAUGUGUAAGGUAUGUGUUAGUGUAUAACACACUAGUGUUAGUGUAUGUAUGUGUACA